UUGGCUUCGUUUGGUUUAUGUUCCUAUGCAAAUUCUUCGUUACGCUACACGGUAUAUCCUCAACAACCACCUAUCUCGGUCUUCUACCCGAGCCUUGAGCACCAUCAAACCAGAUGACACGAAGCCUCCGUUUCUAAUGGUGGCAUCCAUAGGGAACCCGGAACCUGACUACUCGGGGUCUCGACAUAGCGUUGGUCAUUGGGUUCUUGAACAGCUUGUCCAGAACCACUGGAAGAACUUCAGCCGGUUCCAGAAACACAGAAACAUAUCGAGAGGCCCGUAUAGUGUUUCCCAGGACUCGGUAUCAUCAAAUGUGCUUCUCUUCAAGUCUAAUGAAACAUAUAUGAAUCUCCAAGGAGAGCCGAUUCACGCCAACUGGAGUGAAGUUCGACGCAUACAGAGCCGCCAAUUCUCCCCGGCGUUGGUGGUGGUACACGAUGAGAUUCUGCUUCCUCUAGGAAAGAUCCAGAUCAGAAAACAGGGAAGUAGUCCUAGGGGACAUAAUGGGUUGAGGUCUAUCGAUAAGAUCAUGGGACAAAAUUACACGAAAAUCGCCGUGGGGGUUGGGAAGCCACCAAAUAAGUAUGUGGCAGACUUCGUGUUGGCGAAGUUCAAGCGCCCUGAAGUCGAGGUGUUAGAGUACGAUGUGAUGCCACAGAUUGUCCAAGUAUUAGAGCAGAUGACCAAGGGAGAACACAUUUUCGAGGUUUCCAAAGCGCCUGAGAAGCGCCAGCGCCAGCCUCGGCCUCGACAGAACACCAAGAAAGACUCUAUCUCCGAGGUUGUGGAAAGUGCCGCCUCCACCGCGUCUCUGUAAAUAGCUCUUGUAAAUAUACCAACAUACACCCAACCGC